CAUACUCACGAAUCCAGUUGAUUAUUCCAAACAUAAGCGAAGUUACGAGAACUUUGAGGUCGUUUCGUCUGUAAAGGCCCAAUUUUCGUGUUUCUCUGAAACAUUAAAACCGGAGUUUUGGGGCUGCUCCAUUCAAAUAAAACGCCAAGUGAAGAAGCCAUCCGUUUCGUAGAGAGAGAAGGAAAAUCAGUGAUCCAGAAAUGGCGUCGUCGUUUAUGAAAUGGUUCAUGUCCCCCCGCCACAACUGGUUUGCAGCUCAGCAUUGCAAAGCCAUCUCUAAACGCCUCCGAAAAUACGGGCUUCGCUAUGACGAUCUCUAUGAUCCGAUGUAUGACCUAGACAUCAAAGAAGCUCUGGAUCGCCUUCCUCGUGAGGUUGUUGAUGCCAGGAACCAGCGCCUGAAGCGUGCCAUGGAUCUUUCCAUGAAGCACGAGUACCUCCCUGAGGAUUUACAGGCACUGCAGACACCCUUUAGAAGCUAUCUUCGGGAUAUGUUGGCAGUGGUGAAGAAAGAGCGAGCAGAGCGUGAAGCCUUGGGGGCAUUACCACUUUACCAGCGUUCCAUUCCGUGAUCUUAUUGUCUUUAGAUGCUUGCACUUGCUGUCCUACAGGCUCUUUAGAGGGAAUAAAGGGCUUAGUAUAGUUGAGACUGGUACCGAGCAUAUUUUGUGGCAUUUGAAUUUGGAAAAUGUUACUCUUCCUACGUCAUUUAAAUCUCCUCCUAAUACUUCUAAUAAACAGUUCUUAGAUGGACUUAUUAAGCAUAUUCAAAGUUUGAUUCCAUUUUUAUUCAUGUUUA